CAGCUGAGUCCUUGCAUCUUGAGGCAGCUGGUGUGCCCAGCACUGAGCCCGUCGGAGCUGAAGGCAGCCCGGCCCCUUCUCAUGGGCAGCACCCACCUGUGCUGAGGUCCUGCAGCGGUGGCUGUGUGAGGAGCUGUGCAAUCAGUUGUAACUGAAAAUGUCUGACGGUCUGGAUAAUGAAGAGAAACCCCCAGCUCCCCCACUGAGGAUGAAUAGUAACAACCGGGAUUCUUCGGCACUCAACCACAGCUCCAAACCACUUCCCAUGGCCCCUGAAGAGAAGAAUAAGAAAGCCAGGCUUCGCUCUAUCUUCCCAGGAGGAGGGGAUAAAACCAAUAAGAAGAAAGAGAAAGAACGCCCAGAGAUCUCUCUUCCUUCAGACUUUGAACAUACGAUUCAUGUGGGGUUUGAUGCAGUCACCGGGGAAUUCACUAACUCCCCCUUCCAGACCUCUAGACCUGUGACGGUCGCUUCAAGUCAAUCAGAGGGAAAAAUGCCAGAUCUCUAUGGCUCACAGAUGUGCCCAGGGAAGCUCCCAGAGGGAAUUCCUGAGCAAUGGGCACGAUUACUCCAAACCUCCAACAUAACAAAACUGGAACAGAAGAAGAACCCCCAAGCCGUUCUAGACGUUCUCAAAUUCUAUGAUUCCAAAGAAACAGUCAACAACCAGAAGUACAUGAGCUUUACGUCCGGAGAUAAAAGCGCACAUGGAUAUAUAGCAGCCCAUCCUUCGAGUACAAAAACAGCAUCAGAGCCUCCUUUGGCUCCCCCUGUGUCUGAAGAAGAAGAUGAAGAAGAGGAAGAAGAAGAAGACGACAAUGAGCCGCCACCAGUCAUUGCACCAAGACCAGAGCAUACAAAAUCAAUCUACACUCGUUCCGUGGUUGAAUCCAUUGCUUCACCAGCAGCACCAAAUAAAGAGGUCACACCACCUUCUGCUGAGAACGCCAAUUCCAGUACUUUGUAUAGAAACACAGAUCGGCAAAGGAAAAAAUCCAAGAUGACAGAUGAGGAGAUCCUAGAGAAGCUAAGAAGCAUUGUGAGUGUUGGCGACCCAAAGAAAAAAUACACAAGAUUUGAAAAAAUAGGUCAAGGGGCAUCAGGUACUGUUUAUACAGCGCUAGACAUCGCCACAGGACAAGAGGUGGCCAUAAAGCAGAUGAACCUUCAACAGCAACCCAAAAAGGAAUUAAUUAUUAAUGAAAUUCUGGUCAUGAGGGAAAAUAAGAACCCCAAUAUUGUUAAUUAUUUAGAUAGCUACUUAGUGGGUGAUGAACUAUGGGUAGUCAUGGAAUACUUGGCUGGUGGCUCUUUGACUGAUGUGGUCACAGAGACCUGUAUGGAUGAAGGACAGAUAGCAGCCGUCUGCAGAGAGUGCCUCCAAGCUUUGGAUUUCUUGCACUCAAACCAAGUGAUCCACAGAGACAUAAAGAGUGACAAUAUUCUCCUUGGGAUGGAUGGCUCUGUUAAAUUGACUGAUUUUGGGUUCUGUGCCCAGAUCACCCCUGAGCAGAGUAAACGAAGCACUAUGGUGGGAACUCCCUAUUGGAUGGCACCUGAGGUGGUGACUCGAAAAGCUUAUGGUCCAAAAGUUGAUAUCUGGUCUCUGGGGAUUAUGGCGAUUGAAAUGGUAGAAGGUGAACCCCCUUACCUUAAUGAAAAUCCACUCAGGGCAUUAUAUCUGAUAGCCACUAAUGGAACCCCAGAGCUCCAGAAUCCUGAGAGACUGUCUGCUGUAUUCCGUGACUUUUUAAAUCGCUGUCUUGAGAUGGAUGUGGAUAGGCGAGGAUCUGCCAAGGAGCUCUUACAGCAUCCAUUUUUAAAAUUAGCCAAGCCUCUCUCCAGCCUGACUCCUCUGAUUAUCGCUGCAAAGGAAGCGAUUAAGAACAGCAGCCGCUAG